GGCUCCGGAGCCCACCCGCGGCUCCUUAGCGGGGGGCAGCCGCCCCCGCCCCCGUCCCGACCCCCCGGAGAGGGGCCUAUGGGUGGCGGCCGGCGGGAUGCUCGGCCGGGCCGCGGGCAGGAACAGCUACAGCCCCUGGGCGGCGGCGGGCAGAGCCCACCCGCCCCAGCGCUCCCUGGACUCGCUGCCCUGCGCGCCCGCCGUGCGACUGACGGACCUCUCCCGCAAGGAUUGCCUGGAGGCACCAGGCUCCAGCCUGGGGGACCUGCCCGCGGCCAGCGCCAAGCUCAGCACCAGCCCCAGCACCGUGGGCACCCUGAAGCGCCCCACCAGCCUCAGCCGCCAUGCCAGUGCCGCCAGCUUCCCCCUGCCCGCGGCCCCCCGCACCAUGGCCAAGGGACACAAGACCCCCACGUCCUACAGCCCCAUGGAGGGCGGGGAGGGUCCCUUCAUCGACCCCGAGGACAUCUCCCAGCUGCUGGCGGACGUCGCCCGCUUCGCCGACGCCCUGGAGAAGCUGCGGGACGUGGUGCUGCGCGAUGACCCCAAGGAGCCCCAGCGGCCGCUGGCCCACGAGUGCUUGGGCGAAACCCUGCGCAUCCUGCGCCAGGUCAUCAACAAGUACCCCCUGCUCAACACCCUGGAGACCCUGACAGCUGCUGGGACCCUCAUCUCCAAAGUCAAGGGGUUCCACUAUGAAUCCAACAACGAGGCGGACAAGCGGGAGUUCGAGAAGGCCGUGGAGACCAUCGCUGUGUCCUUCAGCAGCACGGUGUCCGAGUUCCUCAUGGGGGAGGUGGACAGCAGCACCCUCCUCUCCAUCCCUCCCAGCGACCAGAACCAGAGUAUGGAGAGCCUCUACGGGGGGAUCCCAGGGCCUGGAGGAGACAGUGUGCCUGUGGGCGUGGAGAGCUACAACGCGGCCCGUCCUGCGGCCGAGGAAGUGGACGUGAUGCUGCAGCGCUGCGAGGGGGGGGUGGACGCUGCACUCCAGUACGCCAAAACCAUCUCCAAGUACAUGAAGGACCUGAUCUCGUACCUGGAGAAAAGGACCACGCUGGAGAUGGAGUUUGCUAAAGGGCUCCAGAAAAUGGCAAACAGCUGCAAGCAAACCAUGAGCCAGGAGACCAACAUGCCUUUCCUGUCCAUCUACCUGCUGGCCCUGGAGCAGGACAUGGAGCAUGGGACGUCGGUUCUGCAGGCAGCCAACACCCUGCAGCACCAAACCUUCCUCCAGCCGCUGAUGGUGAGACGCCUCGAGCACGAGAAGCGGAGGAAGGAGAUCAAGGAGCAGUGGCACCGGGCACAGAGGAAACUGCAAGAGGCCGAGGGGAACCUGCGCAAGGCCAAGCAGACGUACAUGCAGCGCAGCGAGGAGCACGACAAGGCCAAGUACGUGGCGGUGAAAGCGGAGGAGGAGCAGCAGAACACGACCAGCAGCAUCACCACCAAAACCCUGGACAAGAAGAGGCGGCUGGAAGAGGAGGCCAAGAACAAGGCAGAGGAGGCCAUGGCCACGUAUCGCACCUGCGUGGCCGAUGCCAACACACAGAAGCAGGAGCUGGAGGACACCAAGGUGAACUCGCUGCGGCAGAUCCACGAGGUGAUCAAACAGAGCGACCAGGUCAUCAAGUCGGCCACCAUCUCCUUCUACCAGACCAUGCACAUGCAGACGGCGCCGCUGCCCGUGAACUUCCAGACGCUGUGUGAGAGCAGCAAGCUGUACGACCCGGGCCAGCAGUACGCGUCCCACGUGCGGCAGCUGCAGCGCGGGGACGAGCCCGACGUGCAGUACGACUUCGAGCCCUACGUGUCUCACAACGCCUGGUCCCCCUUUUCUCGGACACGGAAGGGCAGCUUCAACGCCAGCGAGUUCCCCACGAGUGCCGAGGGGGCCGGGGCCGGCUCUGAAGGAGGGGCAGGAGCCAAGGAGGCUCCGAGUGGGGCCGAGGCGGCCGAGCGGAGAGGUGGGAGGGGACACCAGGUCCAUAAAUCCUGGCCAACCACUGUUGCUGAUGCUGAAAGCAGCCUGGAUUCCAGUGCAGGUGAAUUCAGCCACAAGCUCCAGCGGCUCUCGUCCAACGGCACCGUGUCCUCCAGUGAGGAGCUGGAGGAGAAGGAUGAGACCACCACCCCCUUUGAGCAGAGCAUCAAUGGGAUCAGCCCGGAGCUGGCAGCUCCCACGGGGCCCUUCCGGAACGUUGGCUUGUCCAAGGCUGCCCAGACCCAUCGGCUGAGGAAGCUCCGUGCCCCUUCCAAGUGUCGGGAGUGCAACAGCUACGUGUACUUCCAGGGAGCUGAGUGUGAGGAGUGCUACCUGGCCUGCCACAAGAAGUGCCUGGAGACCUUGGCCAUCCAGUGUGGGCACAAGAAGCUCCAAGGGAAGCUGCAGCUCUUUGGGCAGGACUUCACAGAGGCAUCUCGGGGCAGCCCGGACGGGAUCCCCUUCAUUGUCAAGAAGUGCAUUUUGGAGAUCGAGAAGCGGGCUCUGAAAACCAAGGGCAUCUAUCGAGUUAACGGCGUCAAGACCCGCGUGGAGAAGCUCUGCCAGGCCUUUGAGAAUGGGAAGGAGCUGGUGGAGCUGUCCCAGGCCUCCCCCCACGACAUCAGCAACGUCCUGAAGCUCUACCUGAGACAGCUGCCAGAGCCCCUGAUGCCCUUCCGGCUGUACAACCAGCUGAUGGGGCUGGCCAAGGAGAGCCUGCAGGGCGGGGAGGCCAAGGGCCGGGGCGGGAGGGGCGGCCCCGAGCUGGUGGACAGAGGAGCCGACACCGACCGGGUGGUGCUGAGCCUGGUGCUGAAGCUGAGGGAGCUGCUGAAGGAGCUUCCCUACGAGAACAUGGCCACGCUCCAGUACCUCCUGCAGCACCUGAGGAGGAUCAUGGAAGUGGAACAGGACAACAAGAUGACCUCAGGCAACCUGGGCAUCGUCUUUGGGCCAACACUGAUGCGUCCCAGGCCCACGGACGCCACGAUUUCCUUGUCCUCACUGGUGGAUUAUCCCCACCAAGCUCGUAUCAUCGAGGCCCUCAUCAUCUUCUACCCCACCAUCUUCGAGCACAAGGAGGUGGCGGCGCUGGCCGAGCCCGGCAGGCGCAGCUCAGGCGCCACAGAGGAGCCCACGGCUGCCCCCAGCACUGUCCCCUACCUGGACCUGCCUUCGGAGAAGGGGAGUUUGGCUUUCAGCGCCGACUCACUCGCAGAGUCCGGCGACCGCUCCGUGGACUCUGACUCGGAGCUGGAGGACGCUGGGGAGCCACGGACCCACCUGAGCAAACAGGGCAGCGAGACCAGCACGGACGAGGCUCAGUUCUGCGACGAGGGGAGCGAGGGGCCGCGGAGCCGCAGCUGCAGCGCGGGCCAGUCGGACACCGAGGGCUCCGGGCCCCGCUGCUGCAGCCCCGGGGACGAGCAGAGCGACGCGGAGGAGCCCCCCGAGAGCCGCGUCCCUGCUGCCCCCAGGGACAGCACGAGCCAGCACAGCACCCCUGGGGGUGCCAGGGGCCGUGAGCUGCAGCCCCGGCUCAUCUGAGCCACCAGACAGAACCACUGUGGGCACUGGGACGGGCAAAGGGGCAAAUCCCAGAGACUGCCCAGACACAGAAACCUGG